AUGAAGUUCUCAAUUGUAUUUUUUUCUCCGUUGCUGGCUCUUGCAUCGCCAGCCUUCAGCCCUGCUUCUCUCCAUGGACAAGGUGCAAAAGUAGCCAGAGGCGAGAAUUACUGCUGCAAUUCAAAUGUAUUUUUCAUAAAACACGCGCAACGCCUUGCUGCGGAUACGGAAGUCAGUGGUCGGCUGAUGGGAGUGCAGCGGCCAGUUGAAUCUGGAUAA